AUGAUAGAUCUUUCAGCGCUGAACCUGACUCCCAAGGUCGAGCCCGUGCCUGUCGAGGAAGCGCCCAAGAUAACAUUAGCGAGGGAAAAGGUUUUGGAGGAAGCUAAACGCGCUUUGGAAUCUCAACAGACUGGUGACCUCAAACUUGUCAGUCUUGUGGUAAUAGGACACGUUGAUGCGGGAAAAUCAACUCUUAUGGGUCGGUUAUUGUAUGAAACCGGUCGAUUAGAUGAGAAAACGCGCAUAGCCAACGAAAGAGGUAGUACCAAGGCAGGCAAACGUAGUUUCAGCUGGGCAUGGAGUCUAGAUGGCACCACCGAAGAGCGCGAAAGAGGUAUCACGAUGGACAUCGCCUUGCAAUCUCUCAAGACGCCACAUCGUCAAGUCACCAUCCUAGAUGCUCCAGGACAUAAAGAUUUUGUGCCGAACAUGAUCUCAGGCGCGUCCCAGGCUGACUGCGCACUGCUUGUUGUCGACGCGUCUCCUGGAGAAUUUGAAGCUGGAUUCGAUCGUGGUGGACAGACUAGAGAACACCUCAUUUUAGUGAGGAGUUUGGGUGUCUCUCAGAUCAUCAUUGCAAUCAAUAAGUUCGAUGUGAUACAAUGGGACCAAAGUCGUUUCGAAGAGAUUUGCAAACUCCUGCGUCCCUUUUUGGUUCAGUCGGGAUUUCAUCCCUCUAAAACGCAGUUUGUCCCAGUUGGAGCUAUCGAUGGGAUCAAUUUGGCUGAGAAGCCUGUCCAAGUCAAGGAGUUCACCUCUUGGUAUGAGGGACCUACGUUGGUUGAUUGCCUUGAUAAGCUGGAACCGCCUACGCGUGACAUCACUUCCCCGCUGAGACUCCCAAUUUCAAACGUCUUCAAGGGACAGAGUGCCGGUAUCGGUGUUACAGGACGAUUGUGUAGCGGUAUUGUUCAGGUCGGAGAACGUCUCCGUGUCCUACCUGGGGAUGAAACGGCUGUUGUGAAAUCCAUCGAAGUCGAGGAAGAAAACGCUUCAUGGGCGAUGGCGGGGUCCAAUGCCACGCUGUUCUUGACCGGCAUCGAUCCUAUUCACUUAGCAGUAGGAAGUGUCCUAUGUCCUUCCACUGAUGUCGUUCCGCUAGCGACAAUCUUCACGGCCCGAAUCAUAAUCUUCGACGUACAGCUUCCUAUAACCGCCGGGGCAUCUGUCGAACUCUUCCACCACUCCCGCGACGUCCCUGCUACUAUCGCCAAUCUGAUAUCCACCCUUGAUAGAACGACUGGAACAAUUGUUAAGAAAAAGCCGAGGGUACUUACGAAAGGUGCAUCGGCGGAGGUCCAGAUUGUUCUGAGGUCGACAUCGUUAUCAAGUUCAGCUCCUGCGCUUCCGAUUCCACUCGAGUCUUUCUCAGUCAACAAGGACAUGGGAAGGAUUCUUCUUCGCCGUGGGGGAGAAACGAUUGGUGCCGGUAUCGUCCUCGAGAUAUUCGGAUAG